UGAUCCUGAAAAACGAGAAAACGAAAAGUACGAUGCUGUUAUCCAAGCUGCAUUGGACGCAUGGGGAGCACAUAAGGAUGUAACUAUGGACGUUUUUAAAACGAAGCCGACUAAGGAUAUGAAAAAGUCAAAUGCCAUAAUAUUUGAAGAGGACGAUAGAGGUGAUAUAGUACCACCGAUUGUAUUAUAUAAUCAGGACUUACCACCGAAAGAAACGCCUAGAUCAAAGUCCCCAAUAAUAUCUCCUCAAACGUGCCCAGUUGAUUCUUCUUCAUCUCAGUCCGUUGUUUUACAUCAAUAUUCUCAGUCAAAAGCGACAUCAUUGCCAUUUGUGUUUCAUGGACAAUCUUAUGUAUCUCCUCUCCUCCAAGCCUUAUAUGAAGGCAAUAUAGCUCAAGCCAAUUCCGUUGCAAAAUAUCUCGAUGGGUUUAAGAUUGAUUUAUCACCAAUUCUUUCUAUUGAACUACCUGCCGAUAUUGAAAUCGAAGUUAGGCAGAAUAGCAAGUGGCCGGCUUAUUAUGCAGAUGUAAAUAAAAAUGAACGUCGCUAUUCAUGUGAAGAAACGAUAAAGAAAGCUCUCCAUCAUAUCAUGCACUCAAGAGUGGCAAUUAUUAAUGCAGCCCCUGUUACAUCUGAAGUUUUAUUGAUUACGAAGGCUGUAAAGCUUCUUUCCGAGCCUCUGAGCCAAAGAACCAUUAUUGCCCCGAUAAUUGUCAUAACAAAGUGUUCUUUGACACUUGACAAGAUAUUGGUAGAGCUUCUUUCCAUUUUCCCAAAUUUAAUUCGUGUUGGUUCAACUAAGCAAUGUAAGAAUCGUUUGCUUGCUGGAAGACAG